UGUGAACUUCGAAAUGAACCGUACAUUGUUAUCAAAGUUUCUUGCCCUCCGCCGUUCCGGUACUUUUCACGUAAAAUCAGCGUAUGCUACGUUUAAUAAUAGGAAAGCUCUGAACGAAAGUGCACCCAAAUUGUUAAACCAACAUGCGCCCCAUGUGAAUCAAUUUGAAAGUGAAAUGGAACAGUUCAUCAAAACCACCCAUAGUUUGACUGGUAUUCACCAAUUUCAGGAAAACCUAAUUUCAAAACAUAAAAGUAAAUUAUUGACGAAGGAAAGUUUUGACGCAAUUUUCAUGCGUAUGUGUUUAGCGUGCCGUAACUAUCAGUUAGGUAAACAGUUUUUGCUCCACAUAGACCAAACAGGUCGCCAAGCAAACACAGCAACCUUAGCAAAAUUCUUAUCAUUGUGCUAUUUUUGCAGUGCAGAAGUUGAGGAUAAGAGUGAAAUAGAAAAACUGUGUAGCGUUCUUAAAUCACAUGGUGAAUAUCUUGAUGCAGCCACUAAAGAAAGCAUUAUCCUAGGCUUGAGUAUUACUGAUUCAUGGCAGAAAGGUUUAAAACUACUAGAGGAAGACGAAACAGCCCAAUUUAGUUUGGCUAUGAAUGCUAUGGUGGAUUGUCUACUUAGUCACAAUCAUUUUGAUACAGCUGUAUCGUGGAUGGAGAAAAUGAUAGCAAAGGAGAGACCUAUUUCUGACUUUGUCUAUGAACAUUGGCUCAGAAAGUGUGCAGCACAUCACGAAUGUUGGGAAAUCUUCUCGGACUUCCUGGCUCGUUCUGGCGUUUUUCUAAAACAACCGAUUGUUCAACAACUUGAGGAAGUGCUACGAAAUCGAUCCAGAGAUCCCUUUGUUGGGCAGUUUACUGCAAUUGAUGAAGACACUGGAAGAUGCGGAUCCUGUCAAAAGGUUUUGCAGAACACGGAUAUAACCGACGAAGAGUUCGCCGCUCUUCGGAAAAGGAUCACUGAGAAAGUGCUUUUGGGAACAGACGUGUUUCUAGGGUCGAAACCAGAAGAAAUUCAACGAUUCAAGGAGCUGAUUAAAACAACUGCACCUUACGAUAUUGUCAUAGAUGGAUUGAACGUGGCUUAUCAUAUGAGUUCCAAAAAUCGCAAACAACCUUCGGCAAAAGUUGAUGCGCUUGUGUCGGUGGUGAAGCAUUUCACAAACCAGAAAUUGCGAGUACUCGUCCUUACAAGAAAGCAUUUGCUUACAGGAGUAGCUCUACAGAGAAUGAAGCAAGAAGCCCACGUUUUCAUCACAGAGAACUUAUCGCGUGAUGAUCCUUUCUUGCUGUGUGCUGCUGUUCAGAGUAAACACACAAAGUUUGUCUCGGACGAUCUCUUCCGGGACCAUCUCUUCCGCCUGGCCGAUUUUCGAUUACAAGCAAUUUUCCGAUUGUGGCAGCGUAGGGCACAAGUACAAAUAGUCAGGAUCGAUAGAAAUGGAUCAGUUAACUUUCACUACCCCCGGCCUUACCGUACAGUAUCUCAAUUUGCCGACGGAUACUGGCACAUCCCUUACGACGAUGGUACUCCUCGUUACAGCUACGAAUCACCUACUACUUGGCUAUGUUUGCAACCCAAGUCUCAAACGUAGUGAAGUAAAUUUGGUUGUGCAAGUU